CCACGUUGCUGCUCUCAUUGGUCCUUGAACCUGUCACUCAGAUGGUUGUCGGGUUCAUUUCAGUCCAGCGCAGAGUAGUCUCAGGUCAGUCUUUGUACCUGAUAGUGUGACAAGAAUGGCGGGACGUCUUCUCCUUCGAGCCUGUACACAAACAACAUUGAGGCUGAGGAGCAAUGUGGUGGCUAGACCCCUCCACCGUGCCAUGGCCACAGGGAAAGGAAUACCGACAGAUGAAGAACAGGCCACUGGAUUGGAGCGUCGUGCCCUGCAGGCCCUUAAACAGGGGAAGGAUCCCUACAGUAUGCUGAAGCCCAAGCAGUAUGCUGGUACUAAAGAAGACCCUCACAUCGUGCCAAGCGUUGGACCCAAGAGGAUGGUGGGCUGCCUUUGUGAGGAAGACAACACUGCUAUCGUGUGGUUCUGGCUUCACGAGGGAGACGCCCAGCGCUGUCCUUCCUGUGGUUCCCACUAUCAUCUGGUCCAACAUGAACUGCCACACUGAAACUAAAAUUACAAAAUCUGUACAAACAGGACAACACAGAUAUCCAUAUUUGCCUCCUUUAUGGCCAUAUAUUGCAAUGUGUGCGCAUCAUUUAUCAAUAAAAUGUAAACCUGAACUCAA